AUGAGAGCCCUGUUGGAGUAUGAGAGCCCUGGGGAGUAUGAGAGCCCUGGGGAGUAUGAGAGCCCUGGGGAGUCCUUCUUCGCCUGUGAACUGCCUCCGUCGCUGCUCUGCCCACCGAACUGCGCCCCCCCCCUCCCCCACAUGGCAGCCAAGCCCGCCCUCUCCCUCCUGUUGGCCGUGUUGGCCUGCACGGGGCCCGCCCGCUCCUCCCCUCCCCUCUUGCUCCGCCCCCGGGAGAGAGAGAGGGACUUGGGUGUAGUCAACAUCGCUGUGGUCCACUCGGGCUCCUCCCUGCUCCCGGAGACGGCCGCUGCUGGGGGAACGGGCGCCACGAACGGGGGUCCUCAGGGGAGGGGGGCCUCGUCGUCAUUGGCUAUGGUGGCGGCGUCUGCGCCACUGGCUUCUGCGUCUGCGGCUCUGGUGGGCGGUAGCGUGAUGACACAGUAUGGCCCAGCCAACGUGAUCUACCUGACGGUGAACGAGAGCAGCCCGGCGAGCCUUCUGCUGCAACUGUGUGAGCUGCUGGCCACUACGCCGCUCCAGGGGCUGGUGUUCGAGGAGGCGAGGCCCCCGCCACCCGACCAGGCUCCCCUGGCCCCCAUGCUGGAGUUUGUCUCGGCCCAGACCGGAGUGCCUGUUGUGGCCGUGGGAGGAGGGGCCGGCCUGGGCAGGGAGCCACAGGAAAGCGGCUCCAUCUACCUCCAGUUCACCUGCUCCACAGCCAUGCAGCUGGACGUGGUCUUUGAGGUGCUGGAAGAGUUCGACUGGACCUCCUUCUCCGUGGUGGCCACGCGUCACCACGGUUACGAGGACUUCCUGGCCAUGGUGGAGGCACUGACGGACGGAUCCUUCAUCGGCUGGGAGAAGAAGGGCGUGGUCAUGCUCAACGUCACCGACGACCCGGGAGGGACACGCACGAGCAGGCUGCUCAAAGAGAACGAGGCGCAGGUGCGUCUCCUCUACUGCUCCCAGGAGGAGGCCGCGUUGAUCUUCAAGGCGGCCUGGGCCUCGGGUCAGGCCGGACACUCCCACAUGUGGUUCGCCGUGGGGCCAGCCUUGUCCGGCCUUGGCCUGGAGGGCCUCCCCAAGGCCCUGUUCGCAGUGCGGCCGCAGGGCUGGAGAGACGAGCCCCGUCGGAGGAUUGCCAAAGGGGUGUCUGUGCUAACCCACGGAGCCAUGGCUCUGAGGAAGGAGUACGGCUGGGCCCGAGGGCCACACUACUUCGCAGGCAACUGCCAGACAGAUGGCAACCAGACGCAAAGGGUGCCAGACAGGAUCAGGUUCUUCAGUAACAUUACGCUGAGUGGCCGGGACUACUCGUUCAACAGUGACGGCUACCUGUCCAAUCCAGUGCUGGAUGUGAUUUCCUACACCGAGGGAAAAGGCUGGGAGGAGGUUGGCACGUGGCAGAACGGUGUUCUGGAUCUCAUCAUUCAGCCCUUUUCACGCUACGGCUCCUUCCUCAAGCCGCUGGAUGACACCCAGCACCUCAAGGUGGUCACCCUGGAGGAGAGGCCCUUUGUCAUUGUGGAGCCAGCCGACCCAGGCACCAACUCCUGCAUCCGGGACUCGGUGCCCUGCAGACUACCGCUCAACACCACCAAUGUGCCGGUGGAUGAGAAAUCGUCGAAGCACUGCUGCAAAGGCUUCUGCAUUGACGUCCUCAAGCGAUUGGCCAAAAUAGUGGGCUUCUCCUAUGACCUCUACCUGGUGACCAAUGGCAGACACGGGAAGAGGGGGAGUGAUGGGCAGUGGAAUGGCAUGGUCGGGGAGGUGGUUUAUAAACGGGCCGACAUGGCCAUUGGCUCCCUGACCGUCAACAAGGAGAGGUCGGAGGUUGUGGAGUUCUCCGUGCCCUUCGUGGAGACAGGCAUCAGCGUCAUGGUCUCCCGUAGCAACGGCACCGUCUCGCCGUCGGCCUUCCUUGAGCCAUACAGCCCAGCUGUGUGGGUGAUGAUGUUCGUCAUGUGCCUCUCCGUGGUCGCUGUCACAGUCUUUAUUUUCGAGUUCUUCAGUCCCGUCGGCUACAACCGCAGCCUGCAAAGUGCAAAGAAGACAGGGGGCUCUAAAUUCACCAUAGGGAAGUCUAUCUGGCUGCUGUGGGCAUUGGUCUUCAAUAACUCAGUGCCUGUGGAGAACCCCAGAGGAACCACCAGUAAGAUCAUGGUGCUGGUGUGGGCCUUCUUUGCGGUCAUCUUCCUGGCCUCAUACACGGCCAACCUGGCAGCCUUCAUGAUCCAGGAGGAGUACAUCGACACUGUGUCUGGCCUCAGCGACAAGAAGUUCCAGCAGCCCACUGAGCAGUACCCCCCACUCCGAUUUGGCACCGUCCCCAACGGGAGCACCGAGGAGAACAUCCGCAGCAACUACGCCAACAUGCACAACUUCAUGAUCCGCAACAACCAGAAGGGCGUGGAGGAGGCCAUCGACAACCUCAAGACUGGUAAACUAGAUGCCUUCAUCUAUGAUGCGGCUGUGCUAAACUACAUGGCGAGGAAAGACGAGGGCUGUAAGGUGAUGACCAUUGGCUCGGGCAAGGUGUUCGCCACCACGGGCUACGGCAUCGCCCUGCAUAAGAACACCCGCUGGAAACGCCCCGUGGACUUGGCCCUCCUGCAGCUGGUGGGAGACGAUGAGAUCGACAUGCUCGAGCGCCUGUGGCUCUCUGGGAUCUGUCACAACGACAAGAUUGAGGUGAUGAGCUCCAAGCUGGACAUCGACAACAUGGCGGGGGUCUUCUACAUGCUGCUGGUGGCCAUGGGGCUCAGUCUGCUGGUGUUCGCCUGGGAGCACCUGGUGUACUGGAAGAUCAGGCACUGCCUGGGCCGUUCUGGUGGCAUGGACUUCCUAUUGGCUCUCAGCAGGGGUAUGUACAGUUGCUGCAAGUUUGAAGAUGAAACCGUCUCUGGAGGCCUCCGAAACACACUUCCCCUAUAUCAGAGUGUUCCCACAAUGCCGCCUCCACCUCAGUCCCACAUCUCAGCGGCUGUAACCUGUAACACCACUCUUGCCAUGGUGCAGCAGCAGCAGAGGCAUCAUCACCAGCAGCAGCAGCAGCAGCAGCAGCAAGCAUACAGCAUGCUUCCUGCUGGAUCUCCUCCAACUACUGGGCACUCUGCAAUGGCCCUUGGGCCAUCAAACAGUCCCCUUCUGGAGGGUCCUAUGCCGUGCUCCACUUUUCUGCCUCGCCAUGACCGCAGAUUGGCUGUGGUAGACCGCUGGAACCGUCCCAAGCCCGGCACGGACAAGCCUAUUGGUGGGAUCCCAGACAUGGCACAGUUUCCACAGGGCUUGCCCCCUCACUGGGCUGGGGGAGCCAGUGGAGGGGACGGUAGUCUGGAUGAAUACAAGCGAUACUAUGGCCCGAUCGAUCCAGAGGGCUUAGGGGCAAAUGCUGACCCACAAACAGGUGGCUCUCAAACCCCCAAAAUGAACCAGAGGGGGACAAAGUCCUCAGGAAUGCCACGGCUACCUUCUAAAGGACCGCCCCCUGGUCACUUAAUGUCCAAGCCCCCUCUACCGCUCCCCUCAUCCCCACAUCCACCGCCAUUUUGGAGAAGAGGCAGCCUCCCGAAAAGAAAGGGCUCUGGGGGGCCUCUGUAUGAGAACAUCCUCCCCUUGGGGAGAAGAGGGGGAGGGCGGUACGGAGUAAGGGAUGGAGGUGGCAUGCGAGGCCGUCGCCCUCCCCCACUCCCAUUGCCUGUCCCUGUCGCAUCCCCUGCCCUCACUACCCCUACCACUCCCUCUCACUCCGCCCUCUACACCUCCAGCUCCUGCUCCUCCACCUCAUCCAGUUCAUCCUCGUCCUCAUCCUCUGUCUCCCCCUCACGCUCCAACUCCCCCUCAUCCUCCACCAUCACAUACACAUCGUCCCAGAGUUUUAAGUACAGGGCUGGCAGUAGGGAUGUUGAGGACGUCUAUGACUCGGAUGAGCUGACAGAGGAGUCUAGCCUCCUGCUAGGACGGAGAAAGGGCAAAUCCCGACGCAUGUCCUCUCGCUCACUGCCUUGCAGUCCGCCCCCUCCGCCUGUACCACCCCGCAAGCCUCGUCUGCAGUAUGAGAGAGAGAGGGCUGGGAGCCAGCUAGCCCAGCUGCAGGAGUGGUGGGCCUCCUGGGGCGAGAGAGAAAGAUGUAGAGGAACAGGAACCAGGGCCGAGGGGAAGGAGGAGAAACGGCAUCACAAAGAGCGAGAAAGGGAGAGAAAGAGGAGGAAGAAAGGCCGGAAGAAAAAAAAGAGAGAGGAGAAGGAGAGGGAGCGGGAGCGCAAGCGGCGUAAAGUGAAGGAGAAGAAGAAGAAGAGAGAGGACAAGGUGAAGAGAAGAGACCGGGGCAGGCGGUCAGAGCACGAGGGAGGAGGUGGUGAGCAGAGAGGGCAGCUCAAAGCGAUAAUGCAAGAGGCCUACUCCUCCUACCCGGCUCUGAGGCGUGACUCCAUGAGGAAAAAGAGUGAAGGUUCUAUCAGAAGUUACGGAUGGGAUAUUCCAAGGGAGGAGGAGAGGAGAGACAGCGAUGACAAGGCAAGAGAUGGAGAGGAAACUAGAGGCAAGGAAAGGCACAGAAGUCCUUACUCUCGCCACAGGCAUGCAGGUAGGCCUUCCAGUUCCAGCAAGCAGUACCAGAGCCCCAGAAAACCCUCAACCGCUGUCAAGUUCUGGGAAGCGGGAAACCCAUCGUCAGAGAUUCCUUCGUCUGCAUUUCUGCCACUGAUCCCUCUCUCGUCCAGGCGCAGGAGUAAGGGUUCAGAUCGAGCGGCCCUAGGGAAAGAAGGGGAGACGCGCCCCCUGUUGGGCAGGAACGAGAGAGUGGAGGUUCACUCCAAAGAAGGUCUGUCGUUUCACGAGUGGGACUCCGAAGAUGAGGAUGAAGAUUCUGAGGAGGAAAGGAGAAAAGUGGAGCAAGAGAAGAGACACGAAAGAAGACGAAGGACCGCAUCAGAGUCCGAAAGGGAAAGUGAUAAGAUGGUGGGCAUCUACUCAGACGACGACGGCUCCUCGGGAGAAUUUGGAAAGUUCGAAAGGUACUGGGAGGGUCAUGAGGGUAGAGCGGUUGGGGGAAUAGGAGGGGGAGGUUGGUUUUUCGGCACUUAUCCCGCCAGAGAAAAAGCCGGCAGCAUAAACAGUAGGGAUGGCUCGUUAUUGGGCCGUGGGGAGGGAUGGGGCGGAGCAGGGGGAGUAGGGGAAGGUGGCUGGGGAUCAGGGAGGAUAGGUGGUACACAGUGGCCUCCACCUCCAUUGACACCACCAGCUCCUCGAAGAUACUGGUCCGUGGACAAGCUUCCCGUGAAGGAGGAGAAGAAAGAGAGACGGAAGGACAAGGACAAAGGGCGAGGUGAUGUGGCUUGCAACUGCCAAUCUGCCCUCGAACAUCAACACGCUCACUCUAAAUUGGCCAAGGUGAGCUCCCCUAGCCAGGAGGAACUAUUUCUACACUGUCAAAGCUUUGUGACCAGUGCCAAUUCCAAACGGCAUUCCUUCAAACCCGACCGGACCCAGAAUCAAUCCAAAUCGGGAAGCCAGUCCAACCUCAGCAUCCAGCGGACGGACCGCAUUCGGCAGCCUUCUACAUCGCAGGUCCUCAUCCCCUCCCUCCCUCCACCAACACUCCCAUCCCUUCCUGCCCCUCCCUCCUCAUCCCAUCCCAUCCACAUCCCUCCUCCGAACUCCUCCUCUUCGGUCUCAUCUCCCUCUGUAGUAUCCUCCACCCCAGGCGCCCCCCAGCCGUCUUCUAUGGCUUCUGCUAGUGCCAAGCUCCUGUACCAGAGACUGCGCUCAGUGCCUCCGCUCCAAAGGUUACAGUCACCUCACCUGCCCCUCAAGGCCAAGAGCCUCUGCUCACGGAGGGGGUCUGCACACUUCUCCAGUGUGGAGAGUGAGGUGUGA